CGCCCCUUCCGCUAUGCCCGGCAUCUCCCUGGGAUUGUGUGCAGCGCAGUAGAGAGCCCGCCGUCCGAGAGAGAACCUUUUCUGCGCGGCUCUAAUCCUCGGAGAGCGGACCGUACUCUCCCCCUCAGACGCCAUGUCCAAGGAGAGGUUUCCAGCCGCGCCUAAAAGGAGCUCUGAGAAGACCGCCGCCGCUAGGGGCGCCCCGGGCUUAAAUGAAAUGCCCACAACCAACAUCAGCAAGACUCCAAUUCAGCUACUUCAUGAACAUGGAACAAAGACUAGCAACCCCCCCGUGUACACCUUGGAGAAGGCUGAAGGACAAGCCCAUAAUCCUAGUUUCACUUUCCGUGUUACUAUUGGUGAAAUAUCAUGCUCAGGGGAUGGGCCUAGCAAGAAGAUUGCAAAACAUAAAGCUGCAGAAUCUGCUUUGAACAUAUUAAGAGGAGAUGCCACUCUAAAUUUGCCUAUGACAGAACCCAUUACACGAGAUGUACCCAAGCAAACCGCUAAUCAGACUCAAGAAAAUCCUAUUGGCUCACUUCAGGAGCUUGCUGUACAAAAAGGAUGGAGACUUCCUGAGUAUUUUAUAUCUGAGGAAGCAGGACCGGCUCAUAAGAGGGAGUUCACCUUGUCCUGCAGAGUGGAAACUUUUGUAGAAACUGGAUCAGGUACAUCUAAGAAGGUGGCAAAGAGGAUAGCGGCAGAGAAGUUGUUGGCUAAACUACAAAGCAUUCCCACUGAUAAUCUCAAUAUCUCUUUGAAAAAGGGGAUUGUGAAUAACACUGGUUGUACCUGGGAGCACCUGAAAAGUUCACCCGGAGAGAAAAUAAACCUGCUGAAAAGAAGCCCGCUGAGUAUUCCCAACACAGAUUAUGUGACGAUGUUGACCGAGGUGGCAGAAGAGCAAGACAUCCGUGUAUCCUACUUGGAUAUUGAGGAACUUAGCGUCAAUGGACAGUUCCAGUGUCUUGCAGAGCUCUCCACCAGUCCAGUCACUGUAUGCCACGGAACAGGUCUUUCUUGUGGCAAUGCUCACAAUGAUGCUGCCCAUAAUGCUUUACAAUAUCUCAAAAUCAUGGCCGGAAGAAAAUGAAAGAUUAAUCUGGUCACGUCUUUUACCUCCCAUAAUAAAUUUAAACAAACAUGGCUGUACCAAAAGUUAAAGGUACCUUAUGUGAACAUGUUAUGUUGUAUGGAUAAAUUAAUUCCGAGUAUUAAAUGUCACAUUUAUUAUGCUUUUCAUUUCCUGAGAACCCAAAUGGGGUAUAAAUUGCUUUGUUUUUAAAAAUGUCAUUUAAAUUGCAAAAAAACUUGCAUACUUGAUUUGAGGAGAACAUAUCUGGUUGACGGAUUAUUUGAAGGACCUGUCCACUCUAAACUGUUUUAACUUUUUUUUUUAAAUAAACUUUUUCAGUAUUUGCUGACGAUUUGA